AUGCAAUGUCCUGAGAGGCACUCGAUUCCGACUCCAAAUGCAAGACAACCUCUAAAGCCAGCUCCACCUCCACCCCCUCCACUACCGAAACAGAAUCCACUUCGAGGCAGGAAAUUCGCAUUGAUAGGAAGUAGUUUUGCGGCCCUUAUAUUUGCCGGCUAUUCUUCCUACUUAUUUGUGUUACUAAAUAAGGAACCGGCCGAAUCCUCUGCAUCCAAGGUCCAAACUGAUGUCUCAAGUCGUUAUGAUACCAUCGCGUCUACAUUUGACUCGGAAGUUGAUUGGACAGAAUGGAGUAUGGGAAUUACGAAAAUGCGCAAGGAACUUGCGCAAGAAGCAUAUGGAGAUGUACUUGAAGUAUCCAUUGGUACAGGCAGGAAUUUAGAGUAUUAUGAUUGGGAUUUCAAAGGAUUUAAUGGCGUUGGAAAACUUCAAAAAGUAGGUGGCAUUAAGAAGGGGAAAGUCAAGAGUUUUACGGCUGUCGAUAAAAGUGGUGAAAUGUUGGAGGUCGCCCACGAGAAGUUUUCAUCAAUGUUUCCAGGAGUCUUGGGUGUGAGAUGGAUUAUUCAAGAUGCUGCGGAGAAAAUACCUGGCCCCCCUCGAAAUGCAAAUGAAACAAGCGGAAGCAAGGAUACAAAAUAUGACACCGUAAUCCAAACUAUGGGGUUAUGUUCCGUUGCCGAUCCGGUAGGGCUGUUGAAGAAUCUGGGGGAGUGUGUGAAAGAAGAUGAGGGGCGCAUAUUAUUAUUGGAGCAUGGAAGAGCAAAAUGGGAUUGGCUGAAUAGAGCGUUGGAUAAUAGCGCAGAAGGGCAUGCAAAACUUUUUGGGUGUUGGUGGAAUAGAGACAUGGGGAAGAUUGUCGAGGAAAGUGGACUUGAAGUUGUGAAUAUUAAAAGACGCCAUGGAGGAACGACCUGGAGGAUUGAGUUAAAGAAGCCAAAAGCCAAAGCGGAGGAGAGCGGCGUGAAAGUUACGAUAGAAGAGAAGAUACAGGCUGCAUCGAAAAAGAGUUGGUGGUAA